AUGUCCAACCCAAUAGAGGGCACGGAAAACUCACAAAAUACCAGCUCAUCAAGAUUUUUGAGGAAUGUACAACGGUUGGCCUUGAACAAUGUAACAAAUACAACAAUUCAGAAGAAUAAUACCAAUCCUUCUUCUCUAACAAAUUUCAAAUCUACGCUGAGCUCUGCAAAGAAGGAAGGAAGCAGGAUUCCCCAGUUUACUAGAGACACCGUACCCAGACCAACAGCCGCACUAGAGGAAAAAGGUAUUCUGACAAAUAAUAGCAUAAAUCAACUGGCCAACAGUAAUCCUUCGGAUAAUAAAGAAAACCAGGAUCCAAGUGCUAAAAAAUUUGGCACAUUAGCCUCUAUAAAGGAGGGAAGAACGGAAGUGCCUGAAGAAAGAAGUGUACAGGAAUCCUCUUCCGCCAAGGAAAUAAUCCAGCAUGAUUCCUCAAAAAGCACUGAGCCCGGAACUAUUAUCGUUAAUAAAGCGGUCGAAAAUGAAAAACUUCAUCCAGCCGGAGGUCAACUCGAACUUAGAAGUAAGGAAACUGAAAAUGAUAGUGGGAAGAAAAGACCAAUUUCUACAAUCGUUGAGCAAGACUUACCUAAAAAAUUCAAGGUGUGUGAUGAAAAUGGUAAAGAAGAAUAUGAGUGGGAAGAUUUAGAUGCAGAAGACGUGAAUGAUCCUUUCAUGGUCAGCGAAUACGUCGAUAGUAUAUUCGAGUAUCUUCAUCAACUAGAAGUUAUCACUCUACCCAAGAAGGAAGAUCUCUACCAGCACAGAAAUAUUCAUCAAAACCGAGAUAUCCUAGUUAAUUGGUUGGUCAAAAUUCACAACAAAUUUGGCUUGUUACCGGAGACUUUGUAUCUUGCCAUUAACAUAAUGGACAGGUUUUUAUGUAAAGAAUUAGUUCAAUUGGACAAACUACAACUAGUUGGUACUUCAUGCCUUUUUAUUGCCUCUAAAUAUGAGGAGGUAUAUUCUCCUAGUAUAAAGCAUUUUGCCUCAGAAACAGACGGUGCAUGUACGGAAGAUGAAAUUAAAGAAGGUGAAAAAUUCAUUUUAAAGACAUUAAAGUUUAACUUGAAUUAUCCCAAUCCGAUGAAUUUCCUGAGAAGAAUUUCCAAGGCAGACGACUACGAUAUACAGUCUCGAACACUUGCCAAAUUCUUAUUGGAAAUAUCAUUGGUAGAUUUUAGAUUCAUUGGAGUAUUACCUUCAUUAUGCGCGGCCGCUGCUAUGUUUAUGUCGAGAAAAAUGCUAGGAAAGGGUAAAUGGGACGGUAAUCUGAUACACUAUAGUGGGGGAUAUACUAAAGGAGAACUUGCUCCCGUUUGCCACAUGAUAAUGGAUUAUUUGGUGAGUCCAAUAGUCCACGACGAAUUUCACAGAAAAUAUCAAUCCAGAAGGUUCAUGAAGGCCUCCAUAAUUUCCGUUCAAUGGGCUUUGAAGGUUAGAAAAAACGGCUACGAUAUAAUGACUUUGCAUGAAUGA